AUGCCUACCAUCAACGGUUCGUUGGCUGCGACGCAGCGUGCUGUCAGCCCUGAAGAGGAAAUUUUCGACUGCGAGACACUGCGAUUUCAUUUGAGUUUGUUGAAAUCCCCAAGUUUGACUCUAGAUACUGAAGAAGCGUCCCUUGCGCCAAUAAUUAAGAGCUGUGUGCUUGCGAACAGUCAGGUAGCAUCGCAAAUUCCCCAGUUUGGACUACUAGCAGGCGAGAGCAACGCGCUGGACUCGUUGGAACUGGGCCAAGAUCCCAAAUUUGCCGACCUGAGCGACGACCCCCGCAUACUUUUCAACGUCACGCCGCCAUCCAGCACCUUUGUCUGUGGUUCUCAGGGAUCUGGUAAAAGCCAUACAUUGUCAUGCCUUUUAGAAAAUUGCUUGAUACCGUCAAGAGUUGGAAGGCUCCCAAAUCCUUUGACGGGACUUGUGUUCCACUACGACACGUUCAUCAGUGACACAUCAGGGUCUCCUUGUGAGGCCGCGUUUCUAUCCUCGCAUCCCGGUGUGAAAGUGAAAGUACUAUGCUCACCAACAAACGUUCAUACUAUUCGUGGCACUUACUCGAGAUUCAACGUCCAGGUUGAGGCCUUGCAAAUCGACCAAAAAGACCUCAAUACAAAACGCAUGAUGGAUCUCAUGGCAGUUGGCCAGGAGGGUGGCCGAGUACCACUGUACAUCCAUACGAUCAAGCGAAUUCUACGUGAUAUGCGAAUUUUGCAGCAAGAGAGUGGAGCUGGAUUUGACUACUAUGGCUUCAAGCGGCUAGUUGCAGGAUCCGGCCUAACACCUACACAACUGGAGCCUCUCAAUCAGCGACUGGGUUUGCUAGAAAGCUUCAUGCCCCAUGCGCAAACAAGAAAGGCGAAGAAGUCGAAGAAGAAAGGUGGCUCGAGCUGGGAAUUGAUGCCCAGUUGCUUGACUAUCGUUGACCUUUCUUGUCCGUGCAUUUCGCCGGAAACAGCAUGUUCUUUGUUUAACAUCUGCCUGGCUAUCUUCCUUGAGCAAGAUACAAAUGUCGGCCGAGUUGUUGCCUUGGAUGAGGCACACAAAUACAUGAACGCAUCUAUUGAGUCUCAAAUGUUCACGGAUACUUUGCUCUCGGCCAUUCGCCUUCAGCGUCAUCUUGGCGCUCGUAUUUUCAUUUGCACUCAGGAACCAACGAUCUCCACCGCGCUCCUGAAUCUCUGCACCGUAACUAUUGUCCACCGGUUUACUUCACCAGAAUGGUUGCAUGCUCUGAAUAAGCAUUUGGCUGUCGAUUCUCAGACUCCGUCGAGAAACGAUGCCACCAUAGACGAGUCCACGUCCCUUUUUAACCGAAUUGUACGCCUCCGAGUUGGAGAAGCACUUUUGUUUGCUCCAAGUGCUAUCCUCGGGACCACAACUCAAGAAAAUGGUAAGGUGGCAUUUGACCUUCUUGGAAUUGGAUUUCUACCUGUCAAAAUCAGAGACAGAUUGACUUUGGAUGGAGGGAAGAGUGUUCUUGCGGUAUAA